UCCGGUCCCGCCCCGCGGAUAUGGCGACUUUUUUGCUGCGGAGGAUGUUCGGAAGCCGCUGCCUCCUCUGUUCCCCGCUGCGGAGCUCCGGCAGCGGCUGCAGCCGCACUGCCCGGUACCGUGGUGGCUCAGAUCGAAUUGAAGACACAGGUUCUCUGUCUAAACAAGCGAAAGCAACUGUUGCUACAGACUGGAAAAAAAAAUUGACUCCAGAGCAAUUCUAUGUUACAAGAGAAAAAGGAACUGAACCGCCAUUUAGUGGGAUCUAUCUGAAUAACACAGAAUCAGGAAUAUACUACUGCGUGUGCUGCAAUGCCCCACUGUUCAGCUCAGAAAAGAAGUACAACUCUGGGACUGGAUGGCCAUCAUUUUCUGAGGCUUACGGCACUUGUGGCAGAGAUGAAAGUAACACCAAUAUCGUGAGACGACCAGAUAACUCCUUGGGAUUAACUAGAACAGAAGUUGUCUGCAAACAGUGUGAUGCCCACCUAGGCCAUGUGUUUGAUGAUGGUCCCACACCUUCUGGGCAGAGGUUCUGUAUCAACAGUAUUUCAUUAAACUUCAAACCUGGUUCUGGUCAGUGAGACAUGCAUCUCUGUGGUCUACAGAACAUCAUUUCAUUGCUUGUACAACAGACUUGUGAAAAACUGUCAGGCUUUUAAUAUAGAGCUCAAAUUUUAGUAUUUGUGCUAUUGCAGCUUUGUUUUCCAGCUACUACCAGUGUUAAUAAAACACAUAUUUUUGUGGUGA